GUAGUGAUUAAAUUUUUUUUCUCGUGUAUUUUCUAAACCUGGAAAAAUUAUACAGAUUAAUUUUCAAAGCAGUCAUAAAUCAAUGUUCUUCAAUUUUAAUAACUUCAUACGUUCGUUUAAGCCAUCAAAAGUGCUGAGUAUUUCAAGCUUCAGAUAAAAUAUUUCCGAACUAAGUUAGAAACUUCAAAUCAAGCGUACAGUUGAUUGCUGUGUUGCCGGCAGCGAUAGCAGGAUGGGGUCAUUAUUUCGCAGUGAAGAAAUGACCUUGUGUCAACUUUUUCUGCAGAGUGAAGCUGCCUACGCUUGCGUCUCAGAAUUAGGCGAGUUGGGUCUAGUGCAAUUCAGAGAUCUCAAUCCCGAUGUGAACGUCUUUCAACGCAAAUUUGUCAAUGAAGUUCGACGUUGUGAUGAAAUGGAGCGUAAAUUACGUUAUUUGGAAAAAGAAAUCAAAAAGGAUGGCAUACCAAUGUUGGACACGGGCGAGAGCCCUGAAGCUCCACAACCCAGGGAAAUGAUUGAUUUGGAAGCCACUUUUGAAAAAUUGGAAAACGAGUUGCGCGAAGUAAAUCAAAAUGCGGAGGCACUGAAACGCAAUUUUUUGGAAUUAACCGAACUAAAACAUAUUUUGCGUAAAACACAAGUAUUCUUCGAUGAGACGGUGCCUACAGUUUCUUACAAUACUUCCUCCUCCACUGCUACUUUUAAAACACGCUGGCGUUAUGGACGGAGACAGAUGGCCGAUAACCAGAAUGAGGAUGAGCAGGCGCAGUUGCUGGGUGAAGAAGGCGUGCGCGCCAGUCAGCCGGGACAAAAUUUGAAACUUGGGUAAAUAUAAAAAAAAAGU